AGUCAAAACUGUGAACACUGGCGUGCGCAGGCUCGAAUUCCCAUCACUGAUUACAUCCUUAUUUCACAUUACAUUUCGAACGAAGAUACAAGAUGUUGUUUUCGAUACACAUAUCGCAUGACCUUUACCGAUAUUACCAGAACAUUCUGUACAUACGAGGUAUUUCUGUAAAUCAAGUUACAUUGUUACAACACGUUUAGUUUCGUCGAACCUAUAAUACGAUACACAUCGGACACAGAUUGUGAUAACGAUAUUAUCUGUUUCGGACGAAAAAAUUUCAACUUUUUUAAUUGUCCCAUAAAAAUUCGAAAGCAAUCAAAAAAAUUUCAACGCACAUUCAUAAUUUUAUAAGAUGCAUAAGGUAAAAGUUGUCGUGUCUUUCUUACAACUGUUGUUUGUAAGUAGCAUUCUAGGUGUUCUCGUAGACGCGGCAAUUAAUUAUGAUUAUAGAGGAACACACACACAUAAGCAACACAUAUUACCACUAUAUUACAAACUUGAUCUAAAAUAUUUGGAAGAAAAUGAUUUCAUUAUUGGUGAAAGCCGAAUCACUAUUUAUAUUCAAGAGAACACUCAACAACUAAGCUUCGACUCAUUCGUAUCUAUAGAUGAAAUCAAUUUGUACAAAAUAAUUCCGACUAAUAUAACACUAAAAGAAACGUAUACUCGAGAAUAUUUACAACCAAUAGAUGAACUAAAAAGUAUUUCUUAUGAUCAAGUCUUCGGAUUUGUUAUCAUAGAUUUUAGAAAAAUAAUAGUGUCUGGAUAUUACGUGCUACAAAUAAAAUUUUCGGAGUCGUUUGUUGAAACGAUGAAUACGGAUGGCUACAUUCGAGUUUUUAAUCAAAUCAAAGGAAGAUGGAUAAUAGCAACACAAACUCAAGUAGAAGGUCCACAAGCAAUAUUUCCAUGUUGGGACAAUCCACAUUUCAAGAUAAUUUUUCAUGUUUCUAUAUGCCAUUCUAGAAAGUACGAGAUUCUUUUCAUGCAUAAAAACUCUAGUACUGAAUUGAUAUCUCGUUCUCACUUGAUAUGGACGCACUUCGAACCUACUCCUGCUGUAUCUGCACAUUGCAUAGACAUCCUUGUAAUACCCACUUACACUUCUAAAUGGACUUUAGUUCCAUAUAAUUUCACACUGACGAUGCUCUUAAGGGUAGGUCCUUCCCACAAAUUUGCAUUUGAUAUUAUUGAGGAAAUCAUAGGCUACUUAAUGAAACAGACUUUAGUAGACCGAUGCAAGGUGGCGCACACAACAUACAUCUCAGUCAGAGAUUUUCCAUUUAUAUCUCUCGUAACUCCUUCUUUUGCUCUUUUUAGUGAAGAAGUUAUAACCUUUAGUGACAAGACACCUACAGACCUGCAGAUAAUGACAGUAGCGCAAUUACUAACAGAGACAAUAACGUAUCAAUGGAUUCUUCGAUCAACAAACCCAUUAUACUGGUCAUCCUCACGGUUAAAACAGAUGUCAACAUUUUUAGUCAUAUAUUUACCUUCACAGAUAUUUGUUCCAAUAUAUAAAAAGAGAUAUCCGUCAUUCCAAGGUAUAGAUACAGGUCAAUCUUUGAUUCUCGAUGUGCAUGAUAUAAAUCUUAUUCUCACUUCGAAAACAACUCCUUUCUCCGAUAUCUAAGAAGAAGACUUAUCUCCUCAAUUCGUCCUAAAUUGAAGGUACUUCCACAAGUAAAAGUGACAAGCUGGACAAUCGACACUGAUUAUAAAAAAAUUUCUUCACUUCUUGAGGUUCAUUUUUAAUAACAUAAUAAUAGAUAUAUUUACAGGUAACCCUCGUAUAACGCGAAUAUUCCGUUCCACAGAAACGCCGCGUUAUAUAAAUCGCGUUAUAGGAGGCCCACAUAAGUGCGCAUAUUGAAAAAACGAGAUUAGACUAUUUUAUUACAAUGUGAAAACCACGUUAUAUCGAAACCGCGUUGUUCAAGUACUUCGCGAAAGAAAGUAUCGCUUCUCUCUGCGAUUCCAUAAAUUACAACGAAGCGGAAGUAUGUUAAAUUAAUUAUCAAUUGUGUAACAUUAUUUCUUGACAACCAAUUCUUAAUUAUUAUUUAAUUUGCGUACUUAUAUGUAUAACUACUUAUAUAUUUAAUUUUAUUAUGUUGACUAA